GAAGAAGAAGAAGAGGCGGGCGGAAGUGGAUAUGUUUUGUAGCGGCUGCAGCAGACAGGUGUGCUAUCAGACAUUCAGCUGGAGUCUAAACGAAGCUCGAGUAAAGUCUUAUUUGUUCACACUCGUGGUUGCACCAGAAGACAUUUUACAGACAUUUUACAGCUGGCGACAGAAAAGGAAAAUGGACAAGGACGAGGACCCGGCUCAACAAAACGGCAGCAAAACGCUGCUUAUCCGACACUUACCAGCUGAGCUCAGCCAGCAUGAGAAAGAGGACCUCCUCAAGUAUUUUGGAGCCGAGUCAGUGAGGGUCUUCUCCAACAGGGGUCGUUUGAAACAUGCAGCCUUUGCAACUUUUAGAAGUGAGAAGUCUGCAGCAAAAGCUCUUGGCAGACUCCAUCAGUUGGAGAUUCUUGAUCGAACACUUGUCGUGGAGUUCGCAAAAGGCCAAGAUCAUGUGACCGUGUUAAAGGACCCACCAGUGUCACACAGUAAACAUGUUGGAGAAGAGCAGCAGAAGCAGAAGCCGGAGCCCAAACAGCCAAAUAUUCCCCUCAUAGAGACCGGCAUCGCACCUAGCCUCGGGUUGAAAUUUCAACCCAAUCCCACUUUGAAGUAUUUAUACCCACCACCUUCUAAUAGCAUUCUCACAAAUAUAACACACGCCCUCAUGAGUGUGCCAAAGUUUUAUGUACAAGUGCUACAUCUGAUGAACAAGAUGAAUCUACCAUGUCCGUUUGGCCCAGUCACUGCCAGGCCCCCCAUGUUUGAGUUCCUGCCUCCCGUGCCACACAUGCCCAUGCCUCCUCCCUUCCCUCCCGACUACCCUCCUUUACCAGAGGAGGAGAUGGAGCUGUCCAGUCAAGAAGAAUCAGAGUACGACAGUGGGGACGACGAAGACAAGGAGAGGAUUGUUCGUCUGAUGGGCCUGGUCAACCAAGCAUGCAAGAGACCCCUGAGACCAAAAACAGCUUCAAAGAGAAAGAAGCCCAAGAUCAAGGAUCUUCUCUAUGCUCCCAAACCAGACUCUCAGAGUGCUCCAGUGCUGCAGCCCUCCGAUGUGUUCGAGCAGCCUCUCCCUGCCGGGCAGAGGAAAAUUGAAUUCCACAUUUCGGUUCCAGAGGUGGCAGGCGUAGUGGAAGGAAGUGGGCCAGGUCAGCCUGAUGACGAAGGCGCAGUCUGUGUCCCCUCAGGAGUGGAUGAGAAGGAGCUCCCCCCCAGCAGCAGUCAGGAGGUGGCAGAGGCUGAAGGUUUUGGAAAGCUUUACCCCAGCACCCAGCCCUCCCAACAACAAGACAAGCACAGCGAUGAGGAGCAGGAUCUCGCCUCUGGAGUAAUCUCCAGAAAGGAGCUGGAGAAAGGACGGCUGUCAAGAGAUGAGAUAAAAAGGAUGUCUGUGUUUAAAAAUUAUGAACCGGGUGAGCCAACCUGCAGACUGUACGUGAAGAAUAUCGCAAAGCAAGUGGAAGAGAAAGACCUGAAGUACAUCUAUGGGAGAUACAUCGACCCUUCGUCAGAGACCGAGAGAAACAUGUUUGACAUAGUGUUAAUGAAGGAGGGGCGGAUGAAAGGGCAGGCCUUCGUAGGACUCCCCACUGAGCAGAGUGCAGAGAAAGCCCUGCGGGAAACCAACGGCUACGUUCUGUAUGACAAACCUCUCGUCGUCCAAUUUGCCAGAUCUGCAAGACCAAAACCAGAUAGCACAGAUACCAAGAGAGGACCAAAACAACGAUGAAACCAACAGAUACCAAGGCUUGAUAGUGUGGCCCAGCUGAACCAUUUGUAUCCUUAUUUUGGCAUAUCCUUUGGAAAGAA